CGCAGCUCCCCCACGUAAGAAGGCAUACAAGUCCCCUCCUACAACCCAGCUCCCAGACGUCCCUGUACCUGCUGCAGCACCAGAAACUACUGAAGAGGCCCCAGAUGCUGAGUCUACGACUGAACCUGAACCUGAACCAGAGGCCAGACCAUCCGUUGUAACAGUGACGUCUCUAGAACAAGUCGAAAGUCCAGAACAAGUCCCGGUUCCGUCAUCAGAGCAGAUUCUUGUCAUCGGCGACGUACAGAAGGAGAUCGGCGACGUAGGUGUGAGUGUCGAACUUGACACAGUCGAGGUGGGCCCCGCGAAUACGCUCGAAGAGGAAGAUGUCCCUGUCGAUGCAUGUGAGCCUGAGCCUGCGCCUGCGCAGGAAGAAGAGGAGCAAGAGCUUGAGCAUGAUGAGCAGAUGCAACAGGAACAGGAUGAAGAAGAGGAAGAAGCGCGUAGGAAACGUGUAGCUGCUAAGCUUUCCCAGAUGGGUGCAUUUAACCCACUUGCGGGGUCCCCGCCUGUACCCCGCAGGGAAUCCAUCCCCUCACCUACCGCUAGACGUGACUCAGUCCCUAUUUCGCCUGUACCAGUAGAAGAACCUCUCGACGUCGAAGACGAAGUCAACGUGGACCUCGAGGAAGUUGGCGAAUCAAUUCCCUCUCCCCCUGCUGCCCACAUCCCUCCGCAGUCCCACGUCGAUGAUGAACCAGAAGAAGCCAAAGAAGCAAGAGAAGCAGACGAGCCCGCUUCUCGUGCAGCCGAGUUCGACGAUGAACCUCAACCUGACUUGGGCACGACUCGCCGCGUGUUGUAUAACGAUGAGAUGGACGAACGAGAGCGAUAUGAGGAUGAUGGGGAUCAGGUUUUGAAUGAGCCCGAAGCUUGGGAACCUGCGUCGCAACCAGCCGAGGCACACACGUUCGGCGCUGUUAUUCCACCGCCACCUCCGCUGCCGUGUCCUAUUCCACAGGAAGAUGAACCCGGUCAGGACGAAUUUCAAUCAGGCACAAGCGCUCAGGGCGAGGGGGCCGCAUUAACAGAUAUCGUUGACUCAGCACCAUUAGAUGACGCGCACGAAGUCCUUACUCAAGAAUUAGCCUCAGACCAGAACAAAGAAGACGACGAGAUGGCCCCCGCACGUAUCACACGUCCGAUCCCACCCCCACCUGUUAAUUUAUCAUCGAAGCCUUCGAAUCCACCGCCAUCUCCACCGCCACCACCC